CCGGGAGCUGUUCCUGCACCUUCCCGACUGGGUGCCCAGACAGCUUUGAGCUAGCUCAGCACUUUCCCCUUUUUACCCAAGCGUGUGACUGUGGACCUAAAGUGAUUGCUACAAUGGAAGGAGUCAAUAAUUUCAAGACACCUAACAAAUUAUCUGAAAAAAGGAAAUCUGUAUUAUGUUCGACUCCAUGUGUAAAUAUCCCGGCCUCUCCAUUUAUGCAGAAGCUUGGCUUUGGGACUGGGGUCAACGUUUACCUAAUGAAAAGAUCUCCACGAGGGUUGUCUCAUUCUCCUUGGGCUGUGAAAAAGAUCAAUCCUUUAUGUAAUGAUCAUUAUCGAACUGUGUAUCAGAAGAGACUGAGUGAUGAAGCUAAGAUUUUAAAAAACCUCAAUCAUCCAAACAUCAUAGGGUAUCGUGCCUUUACUGAAGCCAGUGACGGCAGUCUGUGCCUCGCUAUGGAGUAUGGAGGUGAGAAGUCUCUGAAUGACUUAAUAGAAGAACGCAACAAAGACAGCGGAAGUCCUUUUCCAGCAGCUGUGAUUCUCAGAGUUGCUUUGCACAUGGCGAGAGGGCUAAAGUAUCUGCAUCAAGAAAAGAAGCUGCUUCAUGGAGACAUAAAGUCUUCAAAUGUUGUAAUUAAAGGUGAUUUUGAAACAAUUAAAAUCUGUGAUGUAGGAGUCUCUCUGCCAUUGGAUGAAAAUAUGACUGUGUCUGAUCCUGAGGCCUGUUACAUUGGCACUGAGCCAUGGAAACCCAAAGAAGCAUUGGAGGAAAACGGCAUUAUUACUGACAAGGCAGAUAUAUUUGCAUUUGGCCUUACUCUGUGGGAAAUGAUGACUUUAUGUAUUCCACACAUCAAUCUUCCAGAUGAUGAUGAUGAUGAUGAUGAAGAUGCAACCUUUGAUGAGAGUGACUUCGAUGAUGAAGCAUACUAUGCAGCUCUGGGGACCAGGCCUUCUAUCAACAUGGAAGAACUGGAUGAGUCCUACCAGAAGGUCAUUGAACUUUUCUCUGUGUGUACUAAUGAGGAUCCUAAAUAUCGUCCUUCUGCUGCACACAUUGUUGAAGCUUUGGAACUAGAUGUCCAGUGA